UUCGCGGACCUGGGCCUGGCGCCCUGGGUCGUGGCGUCCUGCGGAGCCCUGGGCAUGGCGGUGCCGUCGGCGAUCCAGCGCGGCGCGAUCCCCGCGACGCUCCGCGGCGACCACGUGCUCGGCGUCGCGGAGACGGGCAGCGGGAAGACGGCCGCGUUCGCGCUCCCGAUCCUCGACGCGCUCUUCCGCGACCCCUUCGGCGUCUUCGCGCUGUGCGUCGCGCCGUCGCGCGAGCUCGCCGCGCAGCUCGCGGACCAGUUCGCCGUCUUCGGCGCGCGGCAGCGCGUCCGCGUCGCCUGCGUCACGGGCGGCGUCGACGGCGUCGCGCAGGGCCUCGAGCUCGCGAGCGGCCGGCCGCACGUCGUCGUCGGCACGCCCGGCCGCCUCGCGGAGGUCUGCGAGCGGUGCGAGGUCGCGGCGACGCUGCGCUGCGCGGCGUUCCUCGUGCUCGACGAGGCGGACCGGCUCCUGUCGCCGUCGCUCGGCCCGGACGUCGGCCGCGUCGACGCUGCGGUCCGCGGCGCCGCGCGGCGGCCGGGCGCGCGGCGCGACCUGCUCUACAGCGCGACGCGGUCCGAGGCGCUCGACGCGCGCGCGGCGGCGCUGGGGGCGACGGUCGUCGACCGCGGGUCCCCGGCGGCCGUGCCGGCGGGGCUGGACGCGGAGUACGUGCUCUGCCCGAACCGCGUCAAGUACGCGUACUUCGCGCGGCUCCUCGCGGCCCUGGGGCUCCUGGGCGAGGGCGCCGACGCGGCCGGGCCCCGGCCCCGGUCCGCCAUCGUCUUCGCGCAGACGUGCCGCCGCGCGCACGACGUCCACGCGCUCCUCGACGCGCUCGGCGCCGACGCGGCGUGCCUCCACUCGAAGCUCGGCAUGCGGCGGCGCCUCGCGGCCCUCGGCAAGUUCGCCCAGCGGUCCUGCGCGAUCCUCGUCGCCACGGACGUCGCGAGCCGCGGCCUCGACCUCCCCGCCGUCGACCUCGUCGUCAACUUCGACAUGCCCCGCGACGCCGACGACUACGUCCACCGCGUCGGCCGCUGCGCGCGCGCAGGCCGCCGCGGCCUCGCCGUCAGCGUCGUCACGCAGCGCGACCUCGGCUGGCUCGCGGCCGUCGAGGCCCGCCUCGGCGCCAAGCUC